AUGACACCCCCUCCAACCAAAGCAACCGUUCUCAUCUCCGGUACUGGCACCAAUCUUCAAGCUCUCAUCGAUGCUUCGCAAGGGACCAAUGACGCGCAACCUACCAUGCCGUAUUUAAACAUAAUUCGAGUUAUCUCAAAUCGAAAGGGCGUGGAAGGGCUGAAGAAGGCAGAAAGAGCUCACAUCCCAACUACAUAUCACAAUCUGUUGGCUGGAAAGUAUCACAAAAAAGAUGAGAAGGACCCCGCCGUGAUACAAGCUGCACGAGAAAAGUAUGAUGCGGACCUUGCGGAUCUCGUGAUUGCUGAUCAACCUGAUAUUAUUAUCUGUGCUGGUUGGAUGCAUAUCCUCGCACCAACAUUCAUUGACCCCUUAACUGCAAAAAACAUACCCAUCAUAAACCUUCAUCCUGCACUUCCAGGAAAAUAUGAUGGGGCUAAUGCUAUCAAACGGGCACAUGAUGACUUCGAACUUGGCAAGUUGGAGAAUAACAGGACGGGCAUAAUGAUUCAUUAUGUGAUUAGUGAAGUCGAUCGAGGAACACCAAUAUUGGUGAGAGAAGUGGAGUGCAAGAGUUCCGAAACUUUAGAAAAGCUCGAGGCGAGAAUGCAUGAAGUAGAGCACAAACUUAUCGUUGAGGGGACAGCGAUGGCAAUAAAAGAGCUCUGGACUCAGAGAAGUAGUGUAAACGCUUGA